AAUCUCUUUCCGUUACUAAGAAUCUCUCCAUCACAGACACCACAGAACCUUUCCCUAACGCAGCCCCAACCCCAAGGUUUCUUCUUCGUCUUCUUCUUCACUUGGGUUUAUACCGAAAUCGAAGUAUUUACUUCAAUUCGGACGCCAAAACCCUAGGGUUGGUUUUGUGUGAAAAUGGUGGUAAAGGACGAGAGCAACAGCGAGAACCAGCCUCUGGACCUGUUCCUGAAGAUCGGUUUAGAUGAAAGAACUGCCAAGAACACCCUCGCCAACAAUAAGGUCACAACCAGUCUUACCGCCGUCAUUCACGAGGCAGCUGUAGUUGAUGGGUGUGAACGCACUGUUGGAAAUCUUCUUUACACAGUUGCUACAAAGUUCCCCACAAAUGCCCUUGUGCAUCGCCCUGCAUUGCUGAAAUAUAUUGUCUUGACAAAGAUUAAAACUCCAGCGCAGUUAGAAGCUGCAUUUUCAUUUCUUGCAGCUACUGCUUCCGAAAGUUUGAAUAUCCCAGAAUUUGAAGAUGCUUGUGGCGUUGGAGUUGAGGUCUCUGUAGAAGAAAUAGAAGGCACUAUCAAUGAGAUAUUUGAGGAGAACAAGAAUACAAUUUUGGAGCAGCGCUAUCGUACAAAUGUUGGUGAACUGUUUGCUCAUGUCCGAAAGAGGCAGCCAUGGGCUGAUCCAAAGAUUGUCAAGCAACUCAUAGAUGGCAAAUUGUAUGCAUUACUUGGUGAAAGAACUGCUGCAGAUGAUGAGAAACCUGUGAAAAAGAAGAAAGAGAAGCCUGUGAAAAUAGAGGACAAAGCUACUUCUGAAGACACUCCCCCGCUACAACCAUCUGAAGAAGAACUUAAUCCUUUUUUAAUAUUCCCUUCUCCAGAGGAAAAUUUUAAGGUGCAUACGGAGAUAUAUUUUAGUGACCAGUCUGUGUUGAGAGCUUGCAAUUCAAAGGAAACACUUGAAAAACAUUUAAAUGCAACUGGAAAAAAAGUUUAUACACGAUUUCCACCAGAACCAAAUGGAUAUCUGCAUAUAGGUCAUGCAAAGGCUAUGUUCAUUGACUUUGGUUUGGCAAAAGAAAGAGGUGGAUGCUGCUAUCUGAGGUACGAUGAUACCAAUCCAGAAGCUGAGAAGAAAGAAUAUAUUGAUCAUAUUGAAGAAAUUGUACGAUGGAUGGGCUGGGAGCCAUUUAAGAUCACGUACACUAGUGAUUAUUUCCAAGAGCUUUAUGAGCUAGCAGUGGAUCUCAUACAAAGGGGUCAUGCUUAUGUUGAUCACCAGACACCUGAAGAGAUAAAGGAGUACAGGGAGAAAAAGAUGAACAGUCCUUGGAGAGAUAGACCGAUUGCAGAAUCAUUGAAGCUGUUUGAUGAAAUGAAACGAGGGAUGAUUGAAGAAGGCAAGGCGACACUUAGAAUGAAACAGGACAUGCAGAGUGAUAAUGGCAAUAUGUUCGACCUUAUUGCAUAUCGUAUCAAGUUUACUCCUCACCCGCAUGCAGGAGACAAGUGGUGUAUCUAUCCAAGUUAUGAUUAUGCCCAUUGCAUUGUAGAUUCUCUCGAAAAUAUCACCCACUCGCUCUGCACACUUGAAUUUGAGACACGUCGAGCUUCCUACUACUGGUUACUGUAUGUACUGGGCCUUUACCAACCUUAUGUAUGGGAAUACUCUCGUCUGAGUGUCACCAACACGGUGAUGUCUAAGCGUAAGCUAAAUCGUCUUGUUACACAGAAGUGGGUUGAUGGCUGGGAUGAUCCUCGUCUGAUGACAUUAGCUGGAUUGCAACGUAGAGGUGUUACUUCAACUUCAAUCAAUGCUUUUGUUCGAGGAAUUGGAAUCACUAGAAGUGAUUGUAGUGUGAUACGUUUGGACCGCCUCGAGUAUCACAUAAGGGAAGAACUAAACAAAACAGCUCCUCGCACAAUGGUUGUGCUAAAUCCACUCAAGGUUGUUAUUACCAACUUGGAAGCAGGCUCAGUAAUGGAUCUUGAUGCAAAGAAAUGGCCUGAUGCUCAGACAGAUGAUGUAUCGUCCUUUUACAAGGUUCCGUUUUCUAGUGUGGUAUACAUUGAACACACCGAUUUUCGGAUGAAAGAUUCCAAAGAUUACUUUGGGCUAGCUCCAGGCAAAUCUGUCCUCCUCAGAUAUGCAUUUCCUAUAACGUGCACCGAAGUAAUACUUGGUGAUGAUAAAGAGACUGUUCGUGAGAUCCGGGCCAAGUAUGAUCCUUCCAAAAAAACAAAGCCAAAGGGGGUUCUUCACUGGGUUGCAGAACCUUCAGCUGGAGUCAAUCCACUGAAGGUCGAGGUCAGAUUGUUUGACAAAUUGUUCCUUUCUGAGAAUCCUGCUGAACUCGAUGAUUGGCUUGGUGAUCUAAACCCCCAUUCUAAAGUUGUGGUCCCAGAUGCGUACGCUGUUCCUUCAUUUGGAGAUGCUGCAGUCGGAGACAGCUUUCAGUUUGAAAGGCUUGGCUAUUUUGUGGUUGAUAAGGAUUCCACAUCUGAAAAGCUCGUCUUCAAUCGGACUGUCACAUUGCGAGAUAGUUAUAGCAAGGGUGGGAAGUAGGUCUGUGCAUGCAGCAUCGAGGAUCGUGUAGUAAAGCAGCAAAAUCCAUGUCCCUAUGGGCCACAUCUUACGCCAUAGGUAUGGGAUUCGAUCCCCCAUCUCCCCCCACUUCCCCAAAAAAGGAAAGGAAAAAGAGAAGCAAAACCAAUAAUUGAUGCUUUGGUGUAUUUACGGGGAUAUAUAUUAUGGAUACAUUUACUUGCCUAAAAAAUCUAUUUUUCUGCUGUUAGACUUAAAAUUUUGUAACUGUCUUCAGGUUUUGUACACCGUAUACGGUUUUCCCCUUGUAGUACAUCAUAUACGUUGCACACAUGAAAGAGGAUAAUUUAGCUAAGUUCAAUUCUUCACACCCAUGGGGUCCCAGCAAUAUUUUGAGGUUGCCUUCGCUGAAAUAAAUGCUCAUUUUUUCUUCCACAUUACAAUCUAACUGUUGCUUUUAAUAUUUUCACAAAGGCAUUGAGCUGUCCAUCAAGUGGGUGCAUUGUAGUUGAUGCAAAGAUUUUUGUUUUGGGUGGCUGUAUUUCAACCCUAUAAAUAUUCAUCCCGACCUUAUAAGAUUCUUUAUCGUAAGAAUACUAAGUCCACCUCAUUCUUUAUCCACUCUAUUACUCACUAAAGUCACCUUUUUCUAUACCUAUUUCAUUAAUGAUUAAGUUAAUCUGAUUAGCAUGUUAGUAAAUUAUUUUUGCCCCUUUGUACAUGUCAAUUAUACACUUUCCCACCCCACCCCUUUUUUUUUUUUCCUAUUCGUUGUUUUAAUCUGAGCUUGGACAAUGAACAUAGCAUUUGACCUAACUCUGUUACAUUAGGAGGAGGUCACUGUAACAGGAAAUGCAUCAAAUUAUUAUGCACCUUGUAAUUCUCCUUCGCCGUCUCGGGCUGAAUAGAUGUUAAUGAAAUUUCUUAUUUGCCGUCAAUGGGAAAGCUUCCAGCCCUUACUCAACGGUGGCAAAGUAAUAUUUGUUUCAUUUGGAAGCAAAUCAUUGGUUGGAUACUAAACUGUGUACUAGCUUCUCUUCAUGAUAAAUAUGCAUAUGUUAUCUCCAACUGCUUUUGAGAGAGAGAGAGAGAGAGAGAGGGAGGAAAGUGUACGAUAUGUAAGAGGG